AGUAGUCUGUGAUUCGUACUAAAGGGGAUAGCAUAUUUGUAAUAGUCUAUCACCUUUAAGUUAUGUUCAAAAAAAUACAAAAAGAGAACGGUUUAUCAGUAGAGAGUGAAAUUUCAAAUCUUAAAGAAAACUAUUGUAACACUAGUGAAUUUAAUCUAUCAACCUUUAUAGGUCCUCAGAAUAUAAAAAGAUGGAAUGCUAUAAAGGUUGCAUUGUGUUUCAAAACAAACGAAGAAUUUGUUACAAAACUAUUGGAUAUUGCUCAAGGAUACUUAAACGGAUUAUAUGAAACAGAAAGUUUCAAACAUGAUGAAAGUCAAAAAAUUAAAAAUAAAUCUAAAACUUCACAAUUAAAAACAGAUGAAACUAAUUUGAAACCUUCAGUUCAAGGAUGCGAAUCUGUGAAUAAUAUAAAUUUUAAUGUUGCCAAUAUUAUAAGUGACACAAUUUCUGAUAAACCAGCACAAAUUCCGAAGACUGAAAAUGUGAAACUAACAAAAAAAAUGCAGAAAACAAACAAAAAUACUGUUGGUAAGAAAAAUAUGGAAAAGCUGCAAUUACCGCUUAAAGACUUGAAAAUUUGUGAAAACAAACCAAACGAAACAAAAAUAGAGAAACCUGAUGAAAAAGAAAGUAACAAUAUAGAUAAAAUAAAAAUAAAGUUAUGCAAUUUAUGUAAUACUCAUCAUAUACAGGAUCACUGCCCAAUUAAUUUCCCUCAUUACAUCCUUAAUGACUCAUUGGAACAACAUGAAUGGAAGGAAAAGUAUAAAGUGAUACAAGAUAUACGAGAUAAUAAAGAUAAAUCGGAGUUAAAUGAAGAAGAUAUGUUAAAAUACAGUUAUUCUCUUUUAUCUCUGCCGAAUUGCCUGGAAAUUAUGGAUACUAAUACAUCACACGGAUUAGGAAUUUUCGCUAAGAGAGAUUUGGAACCUUUUACACAAUUUGGUCCUCUCAUUGGAAAUAAUAUUAAAGAAAUGGAUAUUCCUGAGGAUGUAAACAUGAAAAAUAUAUGGGAAAUUAACGAUUCAUCGGGAAAUGUUUAUAUCGAUACUGAAAGUAGUACUGAUUCGAAUUGGCUUAAAUAUAUAAGGCCGGCUCCUGUAAGGGAAAAUAGGAAUUUAACUGUGAUAACUAAGGAUUGUAAAAUAUAUUUUGUAACUAUUAAGUCCGUUGCUAUCGGAGAUGAACUAUUGUACUGGCAAGAUCCUCCUUUAGCUGCUAAUAAGAAAAAAAUGGAAAAGACAGCAUGUGGUGGUUGUAACAUCGAUUUUAGUCAUCCGCAAUAUUAUAGAAUACAUUGUUCAAUAUUCCAUGAUAUCAGAUUUAGUUUAACCAUAAGAAAAUACCAUUGUAAAAUAUGCGGGGUGGCGGUUUUGGGAAAAGAAAAUAUAAUGAAACAUGCGGCGGAGUUACAUAACGGACAAGGCGCUUACCAGUGUCAAUUUUGUAAAAAAUUUUUUUUGCGUUUAAAUUAUUUGGAAAUGCAUCGAACUUAUGGCUGUUCUUCGAAUCCUCAUCGUUCCAGACCGCUUUGUGACUUUUGCGGUCAAAAAUUUUGCCAACCACAAAAACUGAGGAUCCACAUCAAGCGUAUGCACAGCGAUUUAUCUGAAGUCCUUAAGGAAUUUCAAUGUAAAAGUUGUUUGAAAGUAUUGGGAUCGAGGGCCGCUUUACAAAGGCAUUCCAAAGAGGUGCAUCAAAAACAAACUGAAACGAAUUGUUCUUGUUCGAUAUGUGGAAAAAGUUUCCAAAACAAAUCUAACCUCAAAAUACACAUGCUAACUCAUAGCGGAAUAAAACCUUUCAAGUGCGUUACGGAGACUUGUAAAGCUGCCUUUACAACAAAACAAUGCUUACAAUUUCAUUAUAAAAAAAUUCACAAUUACACCGAAGAAAACAUGCCGAAAAUAGAAAGAAGCAUUGAUUAUACAUUUCAAGCAUACAGUGGUAGCAAUCACGAUAAAAAAGAAGACGAAGUAACAAGAAACGAAUCUACUCAAGAAUAUCGUGUCAAUUCGGAUGAAGGUAGUGAAGACAGCGAAAACGUGGACGAUCCUAUAUCGUCGAUUAAAAAAGAUCGAAUCAAAACCCCGCCACCCCAGGAAGAAUACAACAAAACUAACCUUAAAGUGUUGAGUAAAGGUUCGAAAAAAUGGAUCGGCGACGAUUUACCUACUGAAAAUAUAUAUUCCGUGGAAAAACUUAGUAGAGACGAUUUUCCGAAUAUAUCUUUACAAGAAAACGAAAUAUACGAUCGAAAUAAACUCGUCGGUACCGAAUUUAACCGACAAGAACCGUCUAACGCUAGUUUAUUGGUCGAAGCUGCUUUAGAUUCGGUUUGUAACGAACCUAAUAUCGAUAUAGACGGUACGCCGAAUUGCGCGGACUCUUUAGUAAACAAUUUAUAUAAUCUAACACAAAACGAUGUGUCGUGUAUAAACGAUUCGAGAGAUAUCAGUUUAAUUUCGCCUUCAGUUAACGAUCAUGUUUCCGUUACAGACGAAUUAAACGACGAAUUGAGACAGGAUAACAGCAUCGGUAUGCACUAUUCGAAUUUUCAUCAAAACGAUUUUAGUCCACCGCAUACGCCCGAUAUCCACCGAUCGAAUUUCGUAAGGAAUUACAUAAACAGUUUAUCGCCGCCAAACGCUAAUAAUACAUCGCCAAAUCCGUCUAGAUACGAUUUAUUCGGACACCAAGUGAACCCCGACCAUUUAUCCAGCGACGAUAGUAACGGAAUGACGGUACAAAAUCUCAGUUUACACGCCAAAAACGACAUACAAUUAGAUCUUUCUUUAUACAAAACCUACAAAUCCAACAAUCAAGAUUAUAUAAGGAAAUUGAAGCUCGACGACGAUAUCGACGUUAUUAAUAACGAUUUACCGGUACGAAACGUCGACGAUAAUAAAGAACAAUCGGAAAGAGACGAAUUACCAACGGAAAUUCGAAAUAAAUUCGAUAUAGAUUUAGAUUUGAGGUUAAAAGGUUACGACACCGUCGAUACCGACACUUUAAGACGAAAUCACGUUUACGACGCCGAACUCGAUUUCAGAAAUAAAACUUACGAUUUAAUUGAUACCGUCGAAAAUAGAAACAAAUACGAUUUAAUCGAAAACGAUUUCAGAAACGACAGAAAUUUCGAACCGCUCAUAUUAAAUUCCGAAUUACAAGGUUUGGAUAUGUCAGCGAGAAGUUUUCACAAUUAUCCGAAUAUGAAUCGUUAUCGGCCGUUAUAUCCGGGCGAUGUAGAUUUGAGGUUGAAUUAUAGCCCGCCGCCUCCGACUUAUACUCACGCAGAUUUGUUACGAGUCGUUUCGUUGGAUCUAACACCUCCCGGAAGACAUAGCGUCGAUUUGAGUUUGAGGAAUCAUCCUUUGCAUCCCAUCGCUAAUACUCGAUUAUUGACCGACGGUUUGCAGAAUAAUCCUCACAGAUUAUUGGAUCAGAGUCGAUUGUUGAACGCGGAUUUGCGUCAUUUGAUAACCGAUAACGGGAAUCCAAGGAUUUUGACGGAUCAUAGUACGUCCAGGAUAUUGAAUAAUGAGUUAAUUCCAUCGGAUGAGUCGAGGGUUAUAUCGGAUCAAACGAGAUUGAUGGAUCAGGGAAGGUUGAUCAGCGACGGUAGGAUUUUAGCUGCGGCGACGACGACGCCUACCGGUGCCGUAUCUCCAGUUCAAGGUUUCGGUAGUUACGGCGUGACUCAAAAUCCUUAUCAUCAUCCUACGAGGACUCACGUUACUUCUCCCACUACCGCAGCAUAUCAUUAUCCCGCGUAUUAUUGAUCUUUAUACUUAAAGUGGAUAGUUUAGUCCCGGAAAUGGGUCCGCAAAAGGUGGGGUAAGUUACUUUGAGGUGUCUAAAAUAGAUCUGUCAAGAAUUAUAGCUCGGGUAGGGAUGGAAAAUUGUUUUUUUCUUGUUAAUUUUAGACAAAUGGUUAAAGAUAGAAACAAAAACUUCAAAAACAAAGUUGUAGGCCUUUUUUUACUUUACACAUAAGUUUUUUUUAUAUUAUUGAGAAAGGGAUAUGUAUUGGGGGGCGAAAACCUCGAAUUAUAAAAAAAGUUCUGUUUCGCUAUUUUUUAAAAGGUAAACGAAAAGGUAUAAGUAAAAAAACAAAUGAGGAAGCCUUUAAAAAAACAGUUGUACAAUCAAAGACUGAUUGAUAAUGUAGCAUUACAAGUAUAUCCAUCUUUUUAGAGUGAUACAAGGAAAAUAUGGUAGUGUUCAAUUUUGAACACCAAUUUUUCAUCUAAUUGCAAUAAUUGGACAAAAUAUCAAUAUUAAGAAACAAAAAAUGUUUUCAAACAUUGCGACUCGAUUAUUUUACCCCACAGUAGGUUGUUUUGUAGGUUAUAUUAUGUAGCAUCUCUGUGAUUUUAUGUGUAAUAUAUAUUAUCUUAAAUUUAA